GCGAGCCAGCAAAACAGAGAGCAAGAGAGAAACAGAGCAGAACAGAGUGUUGAUUUGGGUUCAACAGAGGAGCAGAAAUUAAAUAAAAUGAAGCAAGAGAAAAGGGAAAAUAGAAACACGGGCAAAAAAAUCAUGAAGAAAAAUACAAGAGACAGCACGAGGGGUUGAGAGACAGUGAGAGAGCAACAGAGAGAGAUACAGAGCGAGAGAGAGAGAGAAAAAGAGAGAGAGGCAGAUCUCCCUAACUCCAGUGAUUCCCAGACUGGCUGGCUGGCAGUAAGCUCUGUGCUCUGAUCUGCCCGCUCUGAUGGGGUUUCAUGCCCGUGCAGGCAGUGUUGGGGGAUCCUGAGGGCAACACAGGUUUCUGCUGCUGAUCUCGGCCUCUCUAAUUACCACCUAUUGACCAUAUCAAGCUUCACAGAUGAGAGUCAGGACGAGCUAAUCUCAACCUUACUGAUGGCUAAUGGAUCAUCAACCAAUGACAAUCACUAGAAUCCAAAAAGGGAGAUAAAACAACACCAAAUGCAAGUGACAAAAGGACGUCUGGCAGACAUGAGAGUGGUUCUCGUGUUUGCCCUCCUAUCCCUCCACUCUUUGUCACAUGCCUGUCCAAAGGAGUGUAGCUGCAACAGCAACACCAAAGUAGUAGACUGUCGGGGUCAAGGCCUAUAUGACAUCCCCCGACGACUGCAUCCAGACACUCAAGAACUCUAUCUCCAAGAUAACCGCAUCAGGGGGCUGGGAUCGAUGGCUUUCAGAGAAAUACCACUUGUCCGCAUUCUUGAUCUAUCUAAUAACUCUAUAACAUCUGUUUCGCCAACUGCUCUGCUGGGUCUCAGGACUCUACAGCGCCUCAGCCUAGCCUACAACAGCCUGAGAGAGCUUGACAAACGGUUGCUUGGAUCUAUCCGCUCGCUUUCACACCUUGACCUCUCACACAACAGCCUGUGGGGUUUGCCUGGAGCCAUGGGGGACAGUUUGAGGAACCUUAGCCACCUGGGGCUGGCACACAACAGGCUAACACGGUUGGACCGCUCCCUGUUAGAGGCCCUCACCCGCCUGGACAGCCUCACACUACGAGGCAACCCCUGGAGGUGUGACUGCCAGCUCAUAGGCCUCAAACUCUGGCUGGAGACCUACCUCUUUAAAGGUGGAGUGGUGGAUGAGGUGCUUUGCUCCCAGCCAGAAGAAAUGAGGGAUAGAGACCUGCAGAAAGUCCCUUACCAGCUCUUUCACGCCUGCAUGACCACAAGCUACCAUUACCUGUUUGCCAACAUACACCACCUGGAGUCUGAGAGGCUAAUGCGAGGCCACACCCAUGGUAACCAUGCUCAUCCCUCUAGCCAUGCUCUUCAUGUCCCCAUGGCAAUGGGGGAGGGCUUUGGUGGUGGAGGAGGAGGAGGAGGAGGGGGAGGAGGAAAUCUGCCAGAGUGUGAAACUAAGCAGAAGCAGCGGCCUGUCAACUUGCGCCACGCUAUUGCCACAGUGAUCAUCACCGGCGUAGUGUGUGGAAUCGUGUGUCUGAUGAUGCUGGCUGCAGCAGUGUAUGGCUGCGCCUACGCCGCUAUCAUGGCCAAAUAUCAGCGGGAGCUAAAGAAGAACGAGGAGCUGGCAGCAGUGCAGGGGGCAGAUCAUGCCACAGCAGAUGAGAAGGAGCCACUGGAGAAUGCUAUUGCCUAGGAGAUGAUAACAUAAACCCUGGACUUAAAACCUGGGCCUCGACCCUUUAACCUGAUCGUGUCUGGAUGCCAUAUGUGUGCUUGUGCAUGUAUGUUUGUGAGGGAAAAAAAAGACGAGAGAGAGUGAAAUUCUUUAUGUGUGCGUACUGUAUGUUCACCUCAUUUCUGAGGCUUGGGUAGCUAAAUUCCACAGGUAUUUGACUAUGCACUGAUGAGAGUAUCUUUUACUGUAUGUGGGUUUGAGGGGCAGGCCAAAGAAUUCAAUUCAGUUCCAUUUUGUCAGAGAAAUGCAUAUCACAGAUAGGAACAAACUGCUAUAUAUUUAUAAUUGUGUAUUUGUAGGUAUAGUAGUAGAGCUCUGGUAUUUAAAAUGGAUUUCAGAUUUUGGUUGUCUUUUGGUUGUUGUUCAUAAUUUUGAGUCUGAUUUUGAGGUCAUUUUGAAAACUCAUAGUAGGCAGCUGCUGUCAGUUCUGUUCUGUUCUAAGUUGCUCGUAUCAUUAACGUGAGAGUAUGAGACAAAGAAUGAAAGUGUUUGUGUCAGUGUUUCAUUUGUGCUUGAAAGGUUGUGUGGAGAUGUAUACUGUAUGCACAUAUUUAUAGAGAAUUUAAGAGUCUGUGCCUAAUAACAUGAUAUAGUUUUGAGGAGGAAACCUGUUUUCGUAAAGGAUAUUUUUCCUGACCGCUGAAGUGAAGAUGGGAAAUUCGUUGAAGCAAUAAUGAAACAAACUAAAAUGAAAAACAGCAACAAAACCUGGACUCAGCCUUGUUGUUUUUCUAUGACUUUACGGGUUCAUAAGUCUGAAUUCUCAUCCUGCUGCACACAGUCACACCCACACACACACAUACAAACUUUUAGAACUACAGUUUUUGAGAUCAGUUUGUUUGUGAGUUAAUGCUGAUUACAUAAUGGUAGUCAUGUCCUUCAGUAUGUAUUAUAUAAAAUAAAGGGAAGCAUUUUAAAUGAUUGCUGUAUGUAUACUGGCAAUUAAUUUGAGAAUGGAGAAAGCAUCAUUAAAAGAGGGAUGUUUUGUCCAUUUUGGAGUGAAUCUUACUGUUAGAGUGUACUUGUCAAAUUGUUCGUGUGGGUAAACUAUUAUUGUGAUUGUACCAUUUUACAAUAUGAAAAUCAAAGAAAAACUCUAUUCUGAAAACUAAGCCACAUUUUCUGAAGCCAUACAAAUGAAAUAUGUCACAGUAAAAUCAAAUGAUCAUAAAAGCAGGGAAAUACCCCUCAUGUGAAGCGUUGCAGUUGUAAUCUUAAAAUUAGUGACGCAUGGGUGCGUUUUGGGUUUAAUUUGAUGUUGGCACUGUGACAUUUUCUUUUGGGUUAAUGAAGUUGAAUCAUUAUCAUGUCAAAAGACCUGACAGGAGCAAAUGGUGAAACAUACACAUAUUUCAAUGAGAAUGCUGUGAUUAUUACUUAAAUAGUUUGCUACUUGGAAAAGAUAUAUAUAGAAUAAGAUAUAAAAUAUACAAUUUUUGUGUCUUACGUAGGACGUUUUCCCAUUUUGGAUAUUGCUCAAUCUUUUUUUUUUCUGAUGGAGUUAACUGGUACCAUUACAAGGGAAUUCCAUAGCUAUGAUGCAUUAUCAGGUGUCUAAAUUGUCUCUUCAUUAUAUUAUUACAUGUAAA